AUGGCCAUGGGUAUGCCCUCGUGCGACUGGCGGCUGAGGUGCUGCCCCACGCACAGGCGACUCGGAGGCCGCGGCUUCCCCCCCUACGACGGUGGCUCAGCGCGGCGGCCUCCCAGGCUCCCAGCUGCCCCUCACGCAACAACGACUUGGUGGCCGCGAGGCUUUCCCGCGCGACAGUUUCUGGAUGGCAGUGACGAUGCCCUCACGCGACGACGUCGGCAACUCGCUGAAUUCUGCACCCCUAAGCUUUGA